GUUCUUGAAUGUUGUUCACCAUUCUUUUUCAGAAACAUUUCAGACAAAGAUGAAGAAUUAGAAAUUCCAAGAGCUGCUGACUCUCAUUUAACACCAUCAAUAUUCGACAAUGAACUAGUAAAGUAAGUAACACUAUUAAGAAUGAAAAGGUUCAGUAACCUUCUUGCCAAUUUUGUUUUUCCAAUAACCAUGUAUUAGAACAAUGGCCAGAAACAAUGUCCCUAUAUCAGUUGUGGUCACUUCAGAGGCCAUAAACCAAGUACAUGUAAUAUGAUAACGUUAUAAAAUUCAUUUUAUUUAUUUGCUUAUUUACUUAUUGUAAUUUUCUUGUUUGUUUAAUGAUGGUGAUUUUUAUAGGUUUUAACAGUGCCCACCUCUACAUUGUUACAUAAUUAAAGAAUGUCCAUCAAUUCUUUAGAACCACAAACUUUUUGUUUCUCUUAAUAGUAUUACCAGAAAUUCAUGUCUUGCAAAACCCAUGAAUCUCGGGAAAUUCGGUAAAUUGGUCAAAAUUUAACAUAAAAUUCUGUUGUUCAUUUCUGAUUCACACGCAGCAAAUUUGUGAACUGCAUGAUGUGGGAUGGCAAAAAGUCUUUGUCGCAAAAAAUAUUGAAGAUGGUAAGUGGACAAUUGAAAUUUUAGAAAUGUACGACUAAUAUCAAUCAUUUGUGCAAUCAAACGUUCAUUACAACCAAAUGUUCAUGGCUUUAUGGUCUAAAAGAAGAGUAACAGUAUAUACUCUACGAACUGGAGCACGACCACAAAAUAUCAAACACUUUGCAAUUUACUGUCAUGCAGAGCACUUACCAUGUUCAUUUCCGUUUUGAGGUAUUUUUCACUGCAUAAUUAACUUCUCAAGUGUCCAUUAACGGUUUCAAAAGUGUCCAUUGUCAGUGUUAGAGAGGUGCCCAUCUUUUAUAGGGUAUAGUAACAGUAAAAUGAGUGGAAAAUGGCAGGGACCAACACAAGGUGUCGGUCUUACAGAGGUGUCGGUCUUAUAGAGGUGUCCAUUAAUAAGAGAGAAUUGACUGUAGCUCUGUAUCUUUGGCUUAAAUGUUAUUAAUUCCCUUGUUCAAACUCAUUAUCAUGCAUUGUCAUACCCAAAGCCCAAAUACUGAAGGUUUUAUCCAAGGAUAAAAUUGAAACAUAACAUGUAAAACUUAAAAUAGUCACACAGCUUGAUGUAUAUAUGUUACAGGUUAAAAUUAAAUUCAGGUUAAAAUUUUUUAACCCAGGAAAUUGAGAAUCAACGUAGGUUAAAAAAAAUUAACCUGAAUUUAAUUUUGACCUGCAACAUAUACACAAAUGAACCUCAAAGUGUCUCUACAUGUGAACCGCUUUUUGUGCCAAAGAGGAAGUAAAGACCACUAAAUGCCUUGCAAGUGUAUCUACACUGUAUUGUGCUAGUACGGUACAUGUGUAAACAUCUUGACAAAGUGGCCAUUUUAUAGAGGUGAAGGCAAUAUAAAAUAACUAGCUGGGACCUUAGAAAAGGUGAACAUGACUGCUUAACAGAGGUAACUGCUGAAAACGGGUCAGUUUACCAGUAGUUAAGGGAAAUGAUUUCCCAGACUUGGGUAAGUGACUACUCAAUAAAGGGGGACAGCCUAAUACAGGUUUGCUUAAUACAAGUUUGACUGUACAUUUUGCAUAUUUAUUUACCGGCACUCACGUUAACAACAGUGCAUGACUCUAAAGAAUUUCAGCACUUGACGCCUAGGUAGUUUUCAAAUGUAAUAUUAUUUGUUUGGUUCAUUUACCUUUUUGCUUUUGCCAGUAAAUUGAUACUUAGUACAUGUACAUUCUUGUGGAGUUAAUGUGCUCUCAUUGUCGUUUUAUCACAGGCUCUGGAGGAUAUCAAGACAGAGCAACUACAAAAGUAAGGUUAAUUUCAGAUCCCUAAAGGAAUAAUUAAUUACUGUCACCUCAUUUUUGCUGUCAGUGUUGAAUUGGUGUGAUUGGGAGCAUGUCCUUACAGCAAUGAAUCUGUUGAACGUGGGAGUAACCGCUGAUUCCUUGUAUUGUGUUUUGAUGUACAUAAUUAUAACUGCAAGGCUGUGUGGCUGUAUUCUUGGGCAGCAAUGUUUUAAUAACAAUUCAGAUUAGAUGAGGUUUAUGUGAUAUCUGGAAUACCUUGAUUAUUCUGGACGUGACAAAAUUUUAACCUAAUCAUCAUUGUUUUACACAGUGUUUUACACAGGCGUUUUUAAUAUGCAAAUAACAAGAAACACACUGUCGCAGAAUACAGUAUUAAAUUGUUCUUGGAAAUCAUGCAUUGCAUGUGCAACCUACAGAUUUAAGUAAGCAAGCAGUUAACUAGCUAAUCUUCACUUCAGGCUGGUUUUCAAAAUUACCUUUAGGCUCUUAUCCGAUGAGAAGACAGAUAACACAAUGUAUAAUAGAGUAUUGUUAGUGUCUUCCUCUAAAUAACUGUUCUUAUUUUACAGACAACGGGAAUCGACGAACCCUGACUCUAUACAGACAGAUCCACUGCAAAUUUUUCUUGAGGCAGUGGAAAACUGUAAGCCUAUUGUUGGGGUCAGAGGAAUGAAUAGAGGAGGCAAGGUCUAUCAGGUAAUAUGGCACAGUCUAGGGUUUAAUAAAAAAAAAAAAGGAAAGGAAAGGAAAAAAGCACUUUAUUUGAGUGUUAAGGUAGUUGGCACGAAAAUGUCUUUUGAUAAGGACCACUUAGGGAAAAUCUGUCGACACCGCCGCUGGAAAAAACACCUUUUAAUGUGUAAAAUUACCAAGUUUGACAGUGAUUUUGUUAAAAACUAACUCGUUCAGUGUAUAUAGUCACGAAAUUUUACAGAGUACAAACUUUUUUUUCUCCUGCCACACAAACGUCUGUAAAUUUUCGCAACUUGCGGAGCUACAUGUAUAUCUUCGCUCCCUUGAGUUGAAUCACUUUCAAACUUAGCAAGUUUACUAAUUUUAUGGCGCUCUUUCCAGCAGUGUGGACGGAUUUUACUAACUGAUCCUGAUCAACUUGAGAAAAUCCAUGGAGGGGUCUAUUGAAAAUUGAUAAACAAGAAAAAAAAAAAGAAAAAAAAUUAGCCAAUAAAAGUUCAGAAAUUUACUGCUUUGCAUUUUCUUGCUUUCUUUAUUUCCAAACACUGUAAUGGAGAUCGUGCAAGCUAUUCUGAAUUUUCGCUCUGUGAAUAAAGUGUUGGUGUCUAAUUGAGUCUUUUUGAAAAUGCUUUUCCUUUUCAGGAAAGUAGCGGAAGUACGUCCGUUUGUCUGCUUUUAGUUAAAGGACCCAGAUUCAAAAUCUUACCUUUAUUCUCAGUACUUUUUGGGGGCAACUUUCCAGAUUUGGGAAGCAAUCAUUUUAACAAUUUAAUUUAAUUUUUUGGUAUUUUUGGACAAAUUUAGCUGGUUAGGACAAUCUCAUUAUACUUGAAAAGUAACAGUCACAAAAUUAGGAGUCGCUCCAAUUCUAAAACGGAUCGUGUCAAUUCCAUUUGAGUCAAACUAUCUCUUGGAGGCCUGUAGUCAGUAAAGUUUCGCAUUGUUUCAUGUCUAACUUUCAGGUGCCCAUUCCUCUUCCUCCUCAACGCCGCCGUUUUCUAGCAAUCAAAUGGCUGAUCACCGCUGCUCGGGAACAGCAGAAAACAAAUAAGAACGCAAGAAUGUACAAGAAACUGGCG